AUGCGGGUCCAAGCAAAUGAUUCAGAUUGGUUUAGAUUAGAAUCUAAUUCAGAUGGGACAAGAUGGUUUGGCAAAUGUUGGACAUAUCAUGAUAAAAUUAAAUAUGAAUUCGAUAUUGAAUUUGACCUUCCUGUCACAUACCCAAAAACUGCACCAGAAAUCGGUUCACAUGUUUUAACAAGUUAUUUUAAUAUUUUUAUAGCAUUACCCGAAUUGGAUGGAAAAACUGCAAAAAUGUACAGAGGUGGAAAGAUUUGUUUGAGCGAUCAUUUUAAACCACUCUGGUCUAGAAAUGCUCCAAAAUUUGGAAUAGCACAUGCUCUUUCACUUGGAUUGGGACCUUGGAUGGCUGUUGAAAUUCCGGAAAUGAUUGGGAGAGGGGCAAUAGUGAAACCUUAA